GCACGGCUCUGUCCUACGGGAUUAGACAGCCUACAGUAAGAAUCCAUAUUCAGAGGACUUUACAGACACAGCAGGAGCAAUGGUCAGAUCUAAUUAAACCUUCUUCUGAGCACUUUUAAUGGAGCCCAAUGAGCAAUAAGGAUGCUGAUGAUGACAAGGUGCCUGGCGAGCGUGUGAGUCCUGGCUCGUGCUGGCCAGAUGGCUGAGGUGAAAGUCAUGAUGUAUGAGGAUCCAAAUCUGGGCUCUGGUCCAGAUGAGGACGCCUCUGAGUUUUCCGUUUCAGAGAGUGAUUCAGAUACCGGGAGCGUGCUGUCGGAUGACUCUGUCCUCCCCAUCUAUGAGCGGAAAGAAGCCAGUGGAGGCCCUACCAACACCUUGUACCAGGCCUGUGCCAAGAACAAUGCGGCAACCCUCCGCAGAGUUCUGGAAAGGGGUGUUACAAAAGAUGAAGUCAUGGAACUAGACAUAAAUGGCAGGAACGGUCUGAUGUUGGCAGUCUCAAAAGGCUUUGUGGAUAUUGUGUAUGGACUGAACCAGUGCCCAUUUCUGGAUAUUAAUCACCAGGAUAAUGAUGGCAACACUGCCCUCAUGUUCGCUGCACAAGCUGGUUUUGAAACCAUCCUCACCUACAUCCUGAACUUCUUCUCUGGGGUAGAGAUGGAGCUCAGGGACAACCGAGGCUUUACCGCACUCCUCAAGGCAGCCAUGCAGGGUAGUGAUGACUGUGUGGCCUCACUGCUCAUGGCUGGGGCUGACAUUAAUGUAGUAGAUGCCACAAGGGGGAAGGAUAUACGAGAAUGGGCUCUGAAAACAGGUCGCUUUGACACAUUACACAAGCUUAGGCGACUGAACAGCAGGCCUCGGGCAGAACAGUUCUGUGAAAAAUUUGUCCCAGAGUGGCCAGAUCUGAAACUGCUAGUGGCCAAGGCCACAGCCUCAAAAAGCACAGGACAGAAAGUCGCCCAUCACAUGAAGUCUACUUUCAGCUUCAGUUUUCCACAAGACCCCCAGGAUAAUAGCAUUAUGGACCAUAUGGUGCGAAUCACCACCAGCAUUCACAGUCCCUUGGUGGUCACUGGAUGCCGUCCUCUGUGUCCCUCAAGCCCACCAGAAAUUGGCAAGAGACGCCUGGCUGUGCCUGAACUGAUGCAGAUGCACUCAGACAAAAACCUGGAGGAUCACGUGAUACGGCACAGUAAUGGCUCCACCUCUGUUUCAGGAUCCUCUGGCUCUUCUGUCUCGCUGGCCUCCUGCUGCUCUGACUCGGAGCUGAGAGGCAGCGUGCUCUCAAUGACUUCUAAUGGCAUCCGCAAGUUUGUCCCGCGUAGCAUGGCUCGUCGAAAUUCUGUGUUCCCUGCUGGCUGCAUCCCCCAAAUCAAAGUGACCAAAUCUGGAGAGCCAACACCCAAGAAGGAGAAGAAGAAGAAGAAAUCCAAAUAUCAUUUAGAGGCACCGAUAUGGAAGUACAAGGAGGCUAAAGUGGAGAGGGGAAAAAAGGAAAAGGAAAAAGCAGAACAAGAGAAGACUAAAAAGAAGAUGCACGCUUACAGCUAACUGAGAUUCCUCUUUGCCUCACUGGACCACAUGAGAGGCUUCAA